AUGCCAAAUAGUAAUCUUUUUGAAGCUCUUCAUAGAAAUAUAAAAGAUGAGAAGGUUUAUUGGCAUUGGAAUCAGAGGGAUAUAAAAUCUAGCUGCAUCUUGCUUGAUGAAGAUUAUGAGGCAAAAAGCGCUGAAUUCGGUGUUACAAGGUUUGCUGGGAGACAUGGUUAUAUUGCUCCAGCAUUUGCAGAUUUGAACCCCUGUAGUCAGGAAAUCCCCCAUAUGCCGAGGCCUUACAAGGUCGGAUGUGAGACAUCAGAUCUUGAUCAGAUAGUCCAAAAUGCACGACUGUCAAUUUUGUGA